AUGGAGCGAGAUUUGUUGAGAUACCUACCAUUAGAAAUUGUCACCAAUAUAUUAUCGAGACUCUCCAUUGAAAACAUCGGAACCUGCAAAUGUGUUUGCAAACCAUGGCUCAAUCUGAUUGAGAGUGACCCUUUUGUCAAGUCCCAUCUUUCUAAAUCCGCCCCUGCCCUAGCUGUGUGUGUCCGCGUGAAUGUCAUCGGGCUGGAAGAAUGUGCAAAGUGGUUCAAUGUUUUGAAAUUGGAAGACAAUCAUGAUCUCAUCACCAAGUUUGAGUUUCCUCAACCAUCAGCAAUACAGGGUUCAGCCAAUGGUUUGCUUCUUCUGAAAAAUCCUCAUAGUGAUUGUUUUCAUGUAUGUAAUCCGAUCACCCGUGAAUUUGCUGAGUUCCAUGGGCCUCGCUGCUCUAGCUUUGAUGAUGGUUAUGGAUUUGGAGUGAACAAAAUAAGCGGGCAACAUAAGGUUGUCUAUUGUAACGCCAAAUACGGAUUUCAUGUAUACACUCUUGAAACAGGAUCUUCGUGGAGAUGCGUUGAAGCCGUUGCCCCCUUGUUUGAUCGCCUCUAUCACACCGUUGGUGCACUUAUUAGUGGCAAUCUCCAUUGGGUAGUCCAACAUGGGUGGGGGAUUCCUUAUGUAUGUUGCUUUGAUCUUGAAACAGAACGUUUUAGCACCUUCUACCUACCUGCUACUAAUCGUCAAUCAAUCAAACCGAAGUUGUAUACCUUUGGGGAUCACCUAUGUUUUCGUGAUGAUAAAGAAGAUGAUGAUGCCUUCUGGUUGUUGAAAGAAUAUGAACAUCCCGAGAAGGGUUGGAGCAAGGUACUAUUCAACAUGAAAGAACCUUAUUACAGUUUAUCCAUGCUUAUGAAAGGUGAAGAUGAAGAUGCCUACAAAUUUUUUUUCCCUAUCAAAGUUUACAGAGAUGGUGACAUGUUGAUACUAUGGGAUCAAAAUUCUCAAUUCUUUACCAAUUCCAUUUUUCUCACUCCAAGUUUACUUUCACUCGAAAGAAAUUUGGGUCUGGAUAAUGUAAUCUCAUUUUAG